CGAACGAGUGGAAUCGAACGAGUGGAGCAUUUCCAUUACUACAAUUCUCUCCCAGAGCCCCAUGUAACGAAAAUCAGACCAUCGAGACAAGCAAACACAACUUACUCCCUACACAGCAGAGAACAGAGGAAGCAAUACCUCCGUCUUUCAACAAGUCAAUCUGAAUUUUGCAGAUUCUACCCAUGUUUAUCAUAUGAAAACGCCAUGGAAGCCACAACUUUGUCUCCCUCUAAUCUAUCAAAUUGGGGUACACCGUCGGCUUGCCCUGUCAUAUAUUCUACGCAUAUCUGUAAGGACCAGGCAGCUUGCAUACCGUUCACGGACCCAUUCACAAGGGACCAGUCGAAUUAUUGAAAGUUCUGCGGACUUUGUACCAUUUGGUCAAUAGAUACAUAAUCCAAAGGCCAAAGCUGCCUUGACAUCUGCAGCCCACCUGCUAGCUUCCGUAGGUCUUGUUAGGAUUCAUUUCAUAUUUCAAUCUACGUCUUCCCGGUCCUCUUACUCCCAAUGUCCACCUCUUUUUCGCUACUUACUUUAGCCUUAUUAAUCUUCCUUCAUCAUGACGGCGGCGGAGAAUGAAACAGCUGACAAGUUACCGUUCACGGCGGUGGCCGCUCCAGAAUCUUAUCAAAGCGCUGAAGAUGGAACUGUCGGAACUGAAAUCGUUGGUACAACGCUCUCACAUAAUGCACAUUAUGCACGUCAACAAGAUGCAGGACCACCCGCUACAAGGAAAGAACUUUGGUCGUAUUAUGCAUACUACGCGGGAAAUAAUGGCAUUGGCUCCUUUCAAUAGUAAGUCCUCGCUGCGCUGGAUUCGAUCUUGCACAACCAUACCCUCCAUACCAUUCUGUUACUGACUUCAAUCCCUCUUCAGCUCGAGUCUUUUAUUUCAAAACUUAAUAUACCAAGCCGGGUUCAAUCCAAAUAUUCUGCCAUUGGGCAGUGCACCUUGCGGCGAUGAUACUCCUUGUCAUGUCUUUUGGAAUGGAGGAACGAAAGCAUAUACAUCGGUCGUGUUGAUAGGAUCAGGAUUGACGUUCGUUUCACAAGCCGUACUUUUCCUUACGAUUGGAAGUUUGGCAGACUUUGGAAAUUGGAACCCAUGGGUUGUUAGAAUUUUCUCCCUUCUUUCGUUCGCCUUCGAGUUUGGGUUCUUGGGGGUACAACACGCAAACAAAUGGAGGAUUGCCAUGGCACUUUAUAUCGUUAGCAGUGAGUCUUUAUCCUCCCUCCUGGCUCCAGCAGUAUCUGAUCUUACCCAGGUGUCACUUGGUGGGCUUCUUACGUUUUCUUCAACGCGAUAUUCCCCAAACUUGCUCACGACCUCCCCGAAGUCCACAAAGCGAAAGAAGAUUAUGAACAGGGCGCAUUGACAGAGGAAGAAUACGAAUACAAGUGCUCAAUGGCAAGGUCCAAGGUUAUGAAUAUAAGUUAUGGGUGGAAUAAUGUUGGAUUCACAAUUUGUGGAGCUUUAGCAUUGGCAGCUCUUGCAGGAAUUGGUGCAAAUGAUUCCACGCAGCAGAACAAUUGGGGAUAUUCUGUUUCUGUUGCUGUCACCACUGGCUGGUGGAUUAUUCUUGCCAUUCCAUGGUUUAUCUGGGAAAAGAAGAGACCCGGACCGCCUCUACCGAAGGGAGAUAACUAUCUUACAUUUGGCUUCAAACAAACCUACUUCGCUGCAAAGCAGGUAUGGCAGUUGAAACAAACUUUCUUCUACCUUAUUGCAUUUUUUCUAUUGGCAGAUGGAGUCGCUACAGUACUGACACUUGUCUCGAUUGCACAGACACAAGUUGUUGAGUUUUCCGCAACACAAAACACCUAUCUCAUCAUGGUUCAAGGUGGCUCAACUACCGUUGGAGUCUUUGGCGCCUACUAUAUUCAAGAGAAGUUCAAGAUCCGGACCAAGGCCAUGCUACAAUUUUGCAAUUGCGGGUGUGUACUCAUUGCACUUUGGGGAAUGGUAGGUAUCUGGACCACCAAAUUUGGAUUUCAUAAUGAAUGGGAGUUUUGGCUCUUUCAAGCGCAAUACGGAAUUACCCUCGGUGCUCAAUAUCCAUACGGACAAGCAUUUAUGGCAGAGCUGGUACCCAAAGGAAGAGAAUAUUUGUUCUUCAGUCUUUUGGGUAUUGUGUCAAAAGGAUCAGCAUGGAUUGGGCCAAUCGUUUCAAGUGCUAUUGUUGAUCGCAAUGGAAGUCAAUGGGCAGCUUUUCCAUUUGUGGCAGCAUUGAUAUUUGUCCCUACCGUCGCAAUAUUUUGGAUCAGUGAGUCAAAGAGUAGGGUUGAAUGUGCAGAGUAUUUGGAAAAGGAGAGGAUGGAUUUGCAAAAGCUUAAAGAUAAUGAGUUGAACACAGGUAGAUUUGGUUCUACAGAAAGCAGUAGCGGAGUGGAUGGAUUCUACAAGACGAAGUAGAAGGACGAAUGGUUGGAUGGUUAGAUGAUUACUGUCAUGAUGAUGAUGAUGAUUCCAUACUGUUGGCGCAUGUGUUACGCAGUAGUUAUUUUUACACCUCUAGAGGCUACUGUAUAUUUAAAAAGAUAUAAUCUAGAUACUAAUUUCGUUUACCUAUUCCUGGGUAUGUGUUCUUUAUAUCCUCGUG